AUGAACAUUCGUACUAGCAACAACAUGUCAGAAUUGAGCAAGUCUGCAAAAAUAUCUUCUACAUCUCCUCCCGUCAAAACGGUUUCACUUAUUCACUUACUUUGUAAAUUUAAUGGAGGAUGCGCACCAGAGUCCCUUCACAGAGAAAUGCGUAAAAAAUACAACGAAAAUAUUCAAUUCCUUCAAUCACUUACUAGUAUGACAAAUGAGGAUGUUGCCAUCCGUGGAAUUGGUCAAAAAGAAUUUUCAGACAACAAUAUGAAGCCUGGAAAGAAAGCAUUGGUUACAAAUCAUUUAAGACAUAUUCAGUUCGAAGUAUAUCCAAGUAAAUUGACAAAGUUGGGCGCUGAUCGUAUUUUUGCAUUACGAGGAUAUUUACGUGUGACAAUCAGGCAAUAUUUCUAUGUUCGACAUCACAUAGACCUUGUUUAUCCUCAGCUGCCUCUUGUUUGCGUUGUUGGAGGACGACAGCAUCAAUAUUUCUAUCCUCUGGAAUGUUUGGACUUUGUUGAAGCUGAAGAACAAAAAAUGAAUAGAAAUUUAGGAAACACUAUAUAA